AUGAGGAAGAAGCAGACGGCCAAGCAGAGGAAGCUGGAGGACUCUUCGGGAGUCGUGCAGGAGUUUGUGGUGGAGAAAAUCACUCGUCGUAGGAUCUUCAAUGGAAGAGUCGAGUACUUUCUUAAAUGGAAAGGCUUCACAGAAGCAGACAACACAUGGGAGCCCGAGGACAACCUGGAUUGUCCUGAACUGAUUGAGGAGUAUCUGAGAAAUCACCUCUCGUCCAAGAAUGAGGAAGAAGGGCAGGAGUUUGUUCCUAAGGAAGAAAUGUUGGAGGAGACGGAAAUAUCCCCACCACAGAUACGUGCUCAGCACUGCCUUGAUGAUCCAGACUCACCCGCAGGCCUGGACGCUUACCCCGAACUUGAAUGCAUUAUCGGCUCCACAGACAGACGCGGGGAGCUGAUGUUUUUAGUCAAAUGGAAGAACUCCGGUGACGUGGCCCUGCUGCCAGCUCACGAGGCGAGCGCCAGAUGCCCGCGGGCUGUCAUCGACUUCUACGAGCAGAAGCUGACAUGGCACUGCGGAGAUGAUGAGCAGUGA